AUGGCGAAACUAAUAAGUAGGAUUGGCACGAACAAGGAAAAAUUCAUGUAUAUAUUUUUAUAUAAAAUAUAAAACAAUUAUUGUCUAAUAAGGAGAAUAAGCUUAAAAUUCUAAUUAAAAAUUACUUUACCUGAUUUAAAAAUAUAUUAACUGUUUAGAAUUAUUCAAAGCAUUUAUUUCAUAAAUAAUAUCUGAUUAAUAAUAUAAAAUUUAGUCAAUAAUUUUGGUAUAUGAGAUAUGGAUUCAUUCUAUAACUAUGACAAUUCCUACAGAUGCACACAUAAAAGUUUCUUGGAAGAGAAGUAAAAUUUAUUUACUCCCCCCCCCUCCGUGAGUGAGCAAAACCAUUAGAAAAAUCCUAUUUUUUGCCCAAAAACUCCCUCCGUGAACAAAAAUUUUUUUAAUACAAAAAUUUUUUAUGGAAAAAAAUUUGAUAUAUAAAUGAUAAUUAGUAUAAUGAAAUCUAGAGCUAAUUCUGUUUAAUUUUAAACGAAUUGCUUUUUAAAAACAUAAAUUUUAUAAAUUUAAAUUAAUUUUUGCUUUCCAAUUUUUGCGAAUUAGGGAUUUUUUAAAUUUCGAAAACAAUAUUUUUAUAAAAUUUAUAUAUAAAUUUUUUAAAAAAAAAAAAAUUAAUCCCCCUCCGUGAGUGAACAAAAUUUUUUUGUUCACUCACGGAGGGGGGGGAGUUAGGAAAUAAAAUUGCUGAGACAUCAGGAGAAGCAGUUAUGACGCAAGACAGCAAGCUCAUUGAAGUAAAUGAAAUGAUUUCUAUGAUCAAUACACUCUACCAAAAAAGCUCAGGAAAAUUCCUUGAAAAAGAAGCAAAACUUAACAUUUUGUCUGAAAUUAAUGGAAAAUCCAAAAUCAUAGGAUAUGUGAAGCUUAACUUAGUUGAUUAUUGUGAUACUCCUAUAAGAGAACACGCCUAUCCAAUUAUUGGCUCAAAAGAUAAAAACGCUGAGAUUUGCUUGUCUAUCAAAGCAGAGCUUAUUGACGAUUCUUUAUCUCCUCAUAAGCAUGAAAAUGAAAGUUCUUCAAGUGAAGAGGAAGAAAAAGUAAUUAAAAUUGAAGAAAAUGAAGGAGAGCUUGAUAGAAAAUUAGAUGAAAUUAAUGUGAUGGCAAAACAAUUAGAUGAGCUUAAAGAAGAAUUAGACAAAAUUAAUAGUGAAAAUGCGUUAUUAGCGCAUCAAGUAGAUGAUUUAAAGAAGAUUGAUGAAGAAAAAUCCAAAAAAAAUGCAGAAAUCAAAGAAAAAAUUGAAAAAGCUAAAAAUAAGAAAAAAAUUCUUAAAGAAGAGUUCUCAGCACAAAAAAAAGCUAUGCAAGUCCUUGCGGAAUCUAAGCUUGAAUUAACAGAAACUCAGUAAGAUUUAUAUAGUGAAAGUCUUUGUUUAAUAAAAGAAUGAAACGAAAAAGAAGCAGAAAGAGAAGCAGAAUUAAAAGAAAAAAUUAUCGCGUUAGAAGAAGAAAAAAACACUGUUUCUAACUGUCCCUAAAAAUCAGUAAUAUUUAUGUAUAUUUUAUAUUAAAAAUUUCAGAUAUUCGAAACAUAAAAAUAUAAUUUAUUUAUAAAAUUUAUGCUUAAAAAAAGAAGGUGCCUAAAAUUUAAUAAAAUUAUUAUAAUAGCGAUUAUCAUAGGGAUCUUUAAAAAAUUGCAGGCUCAUGGAGGAUCAAUUUCCAAAAAACAGAAUUUUCCAACGAUUUGUGCUCACUGAGGGUUAAGAAAAAACAAGAAAUAGACACGGGAAGAAUUAAAGAAAUUGACGAAAUGUGCAAAUUAAUGAUUGAAAUGAAGUAAAAUUUAUGCAGCGUGUUGAUCGAAAAUGAAAUUGCAAGGCUGAAAGAAAAGAAUUCAAAGAGAAAGGGGAAUUUGCUUUCUGAAGAGGAAAGAUUGUCAGCAGUGAGAAGAUUUACAGUGAUGACUCCUAAAAAGACUGAUCCCUAA